GCUGUUAUACGUCGCUAAUUUAUUUUUAUUUAUUAAAAUAAAAUGGCACUGUCUCGUGCCAAGCCCGAGCAACUGCCAAAAGAUGCUGUUAUGAUCUCCGAAGAUCAAGCUUUAAAGUACCAAUGGAAGAUAAUAACAGCCUGGGACAAGCUUGGAGAGGUAUGGUCUCUGCGCUAUGCGCCUGGGAUUCUAAGUGCUAUGGCUGCUGCAACGGGCGCCUAUAUCAAUAAUCACUACCGAACCAAACUUCGGCUCGGCAGCCAUGGACGGCUGUCCAGUUAUAUGCCUAUUGUUGUUGUACCCGCCAUAUUCACCAUGCUCACGCACAAGUUCUUCAUACAGCGACCCAUACUACUGGAUCCGCUGGGCGAGUGUCCGAUUUGCAGACAAGUACGGAGUGCAGCGUUCCAAGCAAGCCUGGGAAUCGUUUAUCCAACGAUACUGGCGCCCUUUGCAGCAUUUAUGUUUGCCACCCGUUGUUACACAUACCGGCUACCUUCGAUUACGGAGAGCCCCAAAGAAGUGUUCAUGCUGUGGCGACAGUUUACGCGUCCCAUUGUACCUUCACUGGCCACUAUUAUAGCCUUCCAGGCUUUCCUGGCCAUGUAUUUGACAUACAAGCAGGAAAAGCAGAACUUCAGUGUGAUGCUGCGUAUGAAGGAGAUUGAAUAUCAGCUGGAACAGGACCACAUGCCACAGCGGAUCGACUUUUAAGCGCAGUUAACCGUUUAAAUAGAGGGGGACUUUUAACCCUCUACGGGCCGCCACUU